CAGCUAGCGAAGACAUGAAAAUUUUUCAGUCAUUUUUCUUUUGAAAAGGAGAAUUUUUCAGACAUGGGUGCUCUGAUGUGAGCCAAACAAAACGUUAAAUGGCAACAGGUGUAAAGCAAGAGAUGCGUAUGGGAUUUGAUUAUUCUUCUUCCAUCAUUCCAUGAGACUAGCUAGCAAGACUGUAUGCUAGCUAGCUGCAGAGCUGCUGGCUGGCAAGGAAGUAGUAUAUAUGCACCGGCAGGGCCUGUGGUGACUGAGCAAGAAGACAGAGAUCGAGGAGGAGCAACAAGGAGGGAGAGAAGAUAGCACAAGGGCACCCUCGCCAACCUCGAAGCUAGUCCAAACUAGUGGGAGGUUGUGUGCAGGGAUCGAGCAAGACGACAAUUAACCUACUGUUGCUGCUGCUGCUGCUGCUGCUACUGCUAGGUAACAACCAAGGCAAGCGACCAGGCAGCAAUCCAUCUCUCGGCAUCCAUGGCGCGGGGCAAAGUGCAGCUGCGGCGCAUCGAGAACCCGGUGCACCGGCAGGUGACCUUCUGCAAGCGCCGCGCGGGGCUGCUCAAGAAGGCACGGGAGCUCUCCGUCCUCUGCGACGCCCACAUCGGCAUCAUCAUCUUCUCCGCGCACGGCAAGCUCUACGACCUCGCCACCACCGGGACCAUGGAAGAGCUGAUCGACAGGUACAAGACUGCCAGCGGAGAAGCUGCCGACGGCUCCGGCGACAACAGAAUGGAUCCAAAACAAGAAACCAUGGUGCUGCAACAGGAAAUCAAUCUGCUCCAGAAAGGACUCAGGUACAUCUACGGGAACAGGGCAAAUGAACACAUGAAUGUUGACGAACUGAAUGCCCUUGAGAGGUACUUGGAGAUAUGGAUGUACAACAUCCGCUCUGCAAAGAUGCAGAUAAUGAUUCAAGAGAUACAAGCACUAAAAAGCAAGGAAGGCAUGUUGAAAGCUGCUAACGAAAUUCUCCGGGAAAAGAUAGUAGAACAGAGUAGUUUGCUUGAUGUAGGCAUGGUGGUAGCGGAUCAACAGAAUGGGCAUUUUAGUACAGUCCCACUGAUAGAAGAGAUCACUAACCCACUGACUAUACUGAGUGGAUAUUCUAACUGUAGGGGCUCAGAGAUGGGCUAUUCCUUCUAACUGUAAUAACACCCUGGAGGGCUCAUUCUGUUGAUUAUGAUUACUAGUGUGUAAUACAAUUAAUAAUGUUUGUGUAAUGGUUUGUUCUGCUACUUUGGUGUACCUUGUCGUAUAAACCAUAGCCCUUCAGGAGUGCCCUGGUAUUGUAUUGUGGUGCUUUUUACUUUCCAUAAUAAAGAACUACUACCGAGGAGU